AUGAGCAUCUGGGAGGUGAUCCUGGCUUUCGUGGUGGUGGUGCUGAUGCUCGUGGCCCUGCUGGCCAACGUGCUGGUGUUGAUGUGCUUCCUGUACAGCGCCGACAUCCGCAAGCAGGUCCCGGGAUUGUUCAUCCUCAACCUCACCUUCUGCAACCUGUUGAUGACUGUGUCCAACAUGCCCCUGACCUUGGCUGGGAUCAUUUACAAGAGUCAACCAGGAGGAGAUCACAUCUGCCACAUUGUGGGCUUCCUGGAGACUUUUCUCACCACGAACUCCAUGUUGAGCAUGGCAGCUUUGAGCAUUGACAGGUGGAUUGCUGUGGUCUUCCCUCUAAGUUAUCACUCCAAAAUGAGGUACAGAGAUGCUGCUCUCAUACUGAGCUACACGUGGUUACACUCGGUGUCGUUCCCGAUAGCGGCAACUUCUCUCUCCUGGGUGGGUUUCCAUCACCUCUAUGCCUCCUGCACCCUGUACAACAAGAGACCAGAGGACAGGACACAGUUUGUGAUUUUCACUGGGGUCUUUCACACUCUCAGCUUCCUCCUCUCCCUCAUAAUCUUGUGUUUCACGUAUCUAAAAGUGCUGAAGGUGGCACGGUUCCACUGUAAGCGGAUUGACGUGAUCACUAUGCAGACCCUGGUGCUGCUUGUGGACAUCCAUCCCAGUGUAAGAGAACGUUGUCUAGAAGAACAAAAGAGACGGAGGCAGCGAGCAACAAGGAAAAUAAGUACCUUUAUUGGUACUUUUAUACUCUGUUUUGCACCUUACGUAAUUACAAGACUUGUUGAAUUAUCCUCUGUGGUCCACAUCAAUUCCCACUGGGGAAUCAUUUCCAAGUGCUUAGCUUACAGCAAAGUGGUUUCAGACCCUUUUGUGUACUCUUUGCUACGGCAUCAGUACAAGAAGACAUGGAAAGACAUCAUCAACAAGAUCCUCAAGAGAAGCUCCAUCAAUUCCUCCGCCCUCACGAGCGAACCACGCAACCAGAAUAUAUUGCAGCUGAACGAGUGA